GAGAAACUUAUUAAGUCUUUUUUUCUUAUAUUCAUAUGCAGUAUCCAUAUUUCUGCAAUAUCUCUGAGGAAUCUUUAACUUCACAGGAGACCAACAAAAAUUCAGAUCUGGAUAGUCAUGAAUCAACAAGGGCCUUCAACAAGAAGCAAAAGAGCUCAAACCAGAGCAUAUGCUAAACCUGGUUCAUUGUCAUCCUUGGCAAAUAAAAAACGGCAGUUAUUAACCACAAACGAAACUGUUCAAGCUAUAAGGUCAGAGAGAGAUCAUCUGCUAGAAUUAAUUGGAGAACAGCAGCCAGUAGCACCACAAGCUAACCAAAAUGAGCAACUUGUAGAAGAGCAACAUGUAGAGGAGCAACAGCCCGUCGCGGAGCAACAGCCCGUCGAGGAGCAACAGCCCGUCGAGGACGAAAUGCAAAUGCAUUCUACAAUUCCUCCCACAAAUGAACAAUCUGAAGAAGGCCCUUCGACUCAGAAAAGAAAAAGAGGCAGAACGCAAAUGCAUAGUGUGCAUAGCCGACAUGAGCGUAAAUUGAUCCUACUGAAUAGGCUCAAUCAACCUAUUGGUCCUACUGAAGAUGUUGUAAUAGAGUUUGGUAGCUUCCUCGGUACAUUAGCGAGGACUGCGACCCUUUGCCCAUUUGAUAUACUUGAUUGGAGGAAAAUGGACACAAAAGAUGUAUGGAUAUAUUUGAAGUUUCCAAUAUUUAAGUAUCUGUUAAAAGUAUUGUUUAUGCUAACAAAAUGA